AUGGCUACCGAGACUCAGGACUACACUGGAGUUGGAGGGCAGGGCCCGACACCCGCCAAGUUCUCACGAUAUCGCUCCGUGCGAAAGGCAGCGUCUAGUAAUGCGCAGGGAAUGGCUCCGUUGAACACCGCAAUUACGCCAGUGCCAACCCGCCCCAGCGCAUCGAUGUCAGCGUCGCAAGACAAUCUGGAGUUCGCUAGCUGUCAGCAAACUACAAUCAAGAAAAGCAUGUCGCGCUAUCGCCGUCAGAAGCCUUCGACGCCCAAUUUAACGGAUGCUCCGCCCCUUCCAAUGACCACCGAACAAUACGCAGUGCCUCGAACACAACCCACGACAGACGCCUACGACGACUAUGCUCCGCGGCGCCCUUCCACCAAGGACUCGCAUAGUGUGGAUGCGACCAAGCCACGGGGAAGAUUAAUGGGUGCGAUGCGGUUAGAUACACAUGGGAAGGGGUUAUUUGGAGGGAACGGCAAUACCUCAAGCGACACAGAGCAGGAUGAGCGGGAGAGAGAUAGGCAGGCGGCUAUGGCAAGUCUGACGGGUGAAACGCCCGUUGCGCCUUCAGGCUACCAGCGACCAGCCACCAGGGGGCGAGCGGCCACUGAUCGCGAGGUUCCCCGCGUGACUGACAAGCGAUACCAAGUUGACAGCGCCGAAGGACGACGCCAUUCGCUCAACGAGCCGAAACGGAAAUCAUUCAAGGAUGCGAUGAAGUUUCCGCGCUCAAAAGAGAGGAAGAGGAACGGCCCGUCUGUAGAUGCUGGUGCCGAAACCAAUGCGCCUACGCUGUUCCCUGGAAUUGAUGCGCCUGUAUCCGCUGUCAAUGCUGGUGAGCGGAGAGUACUGGUGCAGUAUAAGAAGGAAUGUUUGAAGCUCAGCGUCAGCCCAUCAACUUCAGCGUAUGACUUACUAGUCUCUGCGUCUCGGAAGGUAUCCGAGAUCGAUCCUCCUCGCUUUAUUCUCAUGGAGUCCUUCACUGCACAAGGGUUAGAGCGUCCUUUACGGCAGUAUGAGUGUAUUCGAGAUGUCAUGAAUUCAUGGGCGCACGACACGGAAAAUACCUUGAUCAUCGUCCCAGCCCCGAGUGUCUAUGCACUUGACUUUCUCGCCGCUCCCAAUGUACCGACAAACCCGCCAAUGGACGCAACUUUUCAUAUUUACUAUUCUCAAAAACCACGGAAAUGGGACAAGCGCUACUUGACUAUCCGAUCCGAUGGGCAGAUUGUUCUGUCCAAGAAGGAGAUGACGAAAGAGCAGACCAACGUUUGCCAUCUUUCAGACUUCGACAUCUAUUCCCCUACACCAGGCUUCCUGUCUCAGAAAGUGAAACCUCCAAAGAAGAUCUGCUACGCCAUCAAGAGCCAGCAGAAAGCGAGCAUGUUCCUGACAACCGAGAACUUCAUCCACUUUUUCGCGACGAACGACAAAUCAAUCGCCGAUGGCUGGUAUAGAGCUGUCCAGACAUGGCGCAGUUGGUAUCUGGUCAACAAACUAGGAGCUGGCCAGGCCGAGGACGAACCGGUGCCAGUUGAACCCGCCCAGAUCCGCUCAUUCAAACCCCUCCUAGCAUCCAUCGACACCAGCAUCGAGGAAGAGAGCUCCACUGAGCGCCCACAAGCGCGCCAAACAUCCGCACGAAGGGGAUCAUCGCGCGAGCACGGCCCGCCCCCAUCAUCCUUCCCCAAAUCGCUAGCAGCCGUCCCAGACCCCGAGCCAGCAACAACCCAGUCACCAGAAGAAUCACCCUUCUCCGCUGGCGGCCUCCUAGGCCGGACGUACACGCUGCGCCAGAAGGCCAUGAAAGAACGCGAAGACCGCGAGAAGCGCGAGGCUGAAGUCCUCUUCAACCAGGGCCUCGUCGGAUCCGCCACCACCACUGUCCCUGCCUCGUCUGCUGUACCUCGCCAGACGCGGUCAGGACCAGCAAGCCGCACGAACAGCAUCACCUCUGCCCAACAUCAACCCGAGAUCGACUCUCUACUCAAGCGCUCGCACUCAAUCAAACAAGGCGCUGGACCACAAGGCAAGCCCCUCGUCGACCUCACGCCCGUCUACCAAGAACCCCCGCAACAUUCCCGCAAAGGCCGAGGCGUCGCAGUCGACACAGGCGGCCCCCUAAUCGACGCCGCCACAGGUCUGAGCAAUGAACUAGCAGGCGGCAUCGCGAUCCCACCUGCAAAGACCUGGCGUCGACCAACACUCACUGGACCUGGCCCGACUCUCCCAACGCCGCCUCCAGAGCCGCAGUCUGGCACGGGCGAAGUGCGCUCCCGCAACCGCUCCCGCUCGAAUACGGCGCGCAGUCGACACCACAAUGCCGCCGGUAGUCCGGCCUCGCCCGCCUCGCCACCUGAUCUAGCGUCUCCUCUUCAGGAACAGGCUUUCGUCCCGAAUAGUCUUCUUGCCCGCUCGGGGACAAUGACGGCGGCUACGGGGGUACCGAUUGGGCAUGGUGUUGCGACGGGAGACCGCAAUGCGACGAAGCCGAUGCUGGAUGUGACGCCGCAGAGUCCGUUUGCCGAGGGGAGUCUGUUGCGUGGAUUGUAG